UCUUCUAUCAGCCAUGUAAAAGAAUUUUCACUGAUGCCAAUGUUCGAGAUCCUGAAAUUAAUGUCGAAAUAAACAAAGCUGUUGAGACGGCGCGCAAAGGCGCGCGGAAGGCAAACAUCGUCUUGGAUCCAUCCGUCGAGCUCGCAUUGGAGCUUAUUACGGAGGCGAACAAAAAAAAUUGGGGCUAUUACUUUGUCGACCACGACAGACGUAUCAUUUUCUGGUUCGAAGACUACGAAUCUCCUGUCCUUAUGAAUAAUGUUCGAGGUGUAGAGCGCAAAAGCCACAUCAAGUAUGCAUUGGAUUCACAGUAUUGGUUCGUAUGAUCUUCGACCAAAGUAUUUUUACUUCCCAGUGUUUACAUACCGUGACGUUGGCAGGAGACAUAUUGAGCUGUUUCCAAACAAACGCGUCCUUCCAGAAGACAUUGUCGUGACGCUCAAAGAAAUUGUCAUGCAUGCUCAUGCAGAAAACAUCACUUCUGAAACGUGCCUAGCACCUUUUGCCUCGAGUGAAGUUGCAAGCAUGCUUGGCCUUGUAGAUCAUCUCAAGG